AUGAAGCUCUCCAUAAAUUGGCUCGUUUUCCUCCUAGGCAGCUGGUUUGCUUCAGUACAGUCUAUUUGUCCAACAAUCCUCGAGCCAGCAUAUCCUGCUCCAUCUCUAGCAGCCGGGUGGUCAGCUCAAUUAAUCGCUCAAGGUCUAACUAAACCACGUACCAUCCUUUUCGAUACGAAUGGAGGCCUUCUAAUUCUCCAACAAGGAUUCGGUAUCGCCCAUAUAAAAUGGACUGAUAAUGGAAGUACAUGUUUACAAAAUCCAGUACAGACAAUUGUUGUUAGUUCUACUGUUGUAUGUCCAUUCUUUUCCAGUGUCGAAUGUGCUUGGGAGUUGGCGUGGUGAAGUGCUAAUAUACUUAUGGCUCAAUCAUGGAAUGGCUCUAAGUAAUGAUGGGAAAACCCUAUAUGCAUCAUCAAGCAACAAUGUCUACGCAUGGAACUACACGGCAGCAACCGGCACAGUAGGAAGCUCCAGCCAAAUCAUCAUAACAAACAGUACGUCCCCAUCCCCUCUCCCCAUCACCCUAAACCCACAAUCCGCAAGUGACAAAUGACGACCCAACCACCCGCUCCCUCCUCACCACCAAACUCACCCCAAACCAACUCCUCAUCUCCAGAGGCACAACCCUCAACAUCGAUCCGGAAGCCGAGCUCCUCUCCACAGGCCACUGCCAACUAAAAUCCUUCAACCUAUCCACACUAACCCCCGAAUCCACCCCCUACAACUUCACCACCUCAGGUCAUCUCCUCGCAAACGGUCUGCGAAACUCAGUCGGUCUAGCCGAAGAACCCCUAUUCGGCGGUAUCUAUUCCGUCGAAAACGGUCCCGGAAACAUGACGCGUAACAACAUCGAUAUCCAUCUUUAUAAUCCAGGCGAAGAAUUAAAUUUCCACGGAUAUUUAAAUGGGAGUACGGAGAAUCAAGGAGCUAAUUAUGGAUUUCCGUAUUGUUUUGCUGUGUGGAAUGAGACGGAUGUAGGUGCCGGGUUGCUGGUGGGCGAGCAGUUUAGUAUGUUGCAGAAUGUGACGAGUAAUGAUACUUGGUGUAAUAAUGCGGGGGUACAUGUUGCGCCUAAGUUGACGUUUGCGGCGCAUUCGGCUCCGUGAGUUUGUGGGCUUUUCUCAUGGCUUUUCGAGAGGUUUGGGAUUUGGGUGUUAAAAGAGAAAAAAAGGAUGGAGGAGAUUAGGGAUAUAGAGGUUGAAUGGGAUAAGCUGACUUGAUUUGUAAUUUUAGGUUACAUAUGAUAUUUCUAGCAAACGGAACAGAAGCUUUUAUUAGUUUCCACGGAAGUUUGUAAGUCUCAUUCCUUCCCCCUCAUCCCCCCAUCCAAAACCAACUAAUCCCCUCCUCCCCAACCCAGAGAAACCACACCCCCAGUCGGCUACCGCAUCUCCUCUAUAACCUUCAACCCCACCACCGGUCUUCCUACCUCACCCUCCACAUCCACAACAUCCACUAGCGACAUCAUCUCAAAUUCAAACUCUUCAUUUUGUCCAGCCAAUUGUUUUAGACCCGUUGGUAUGGCGUUGGAUUUUUUGGGUAGAUUGUUUGUUAGUAGUGAUGCUACGGGGGAGAUUUGGGUUGUAGUUAGGACGGGGAGUGUGGGGAAGUAG